UAAUAAUUUAAAUCACUCUUGAUGAACAAUAAAAGAGAAGUUCUCAAAAUGGAAGCAAAGCAAGGAGUUGUCUGAAAAUGGCUACUAGUACCUUUCUCAAUUCUAACUGUCACUGCAGCAGCAGCCUCGUUAUCAUUAUGGGAAGACUGGAAUACUGUUGUUGAACUACAAGGCUACAAGGAGCAGGUGAAAGAUUGGAUCCUCUUUGUAGUACUAUUUGGAUACCUUGGAUCAAACCCAGGUUUUGUGAUACAUUUCAUCGGACAUAUCGGCGCUUACAUACUAGCUAUUAUUUUAACUCUUGUCAGUUAUAUCGGUUUGGGAGUUUGUGCAACUACCAGAACAGGACACCCUUGGCACUUAUUCUUCACUAUGUUAUUCCUAUACCUUGCAGCUUUUGCAUCUUCGAUAGCUAUUGUAGCCACUAUUAGUGAGACUCUACAGAACUUCUCUAAAAGAGCAGGAAACUUUUACAUUGGGCUGAUGAUUGUAUAUACACUUAUCGCUUACAGUUUUGAGGAGUCAUUGAGAAAUGGAAUUCUCAGAGAAAUCCCAACUCAAUAUUACUAUCCAAUCCUAGGAGUUGUUGUAGCAAUAGUCUAUUCAAUCAGUUGUCUACUAUCUAAACUAGUAGUCAUCGAGGACUUUUACUCAAGGAUCACCAUCUCUCAAGAUGUGAUGGGAAUGUUGUCUCUGCUCCUCCUCUCAGGUGUAAUAAUCGUUGUUAAUUAUAUCUGAUUCCUUGUAAAUUAUGAAUAUACUCUAUUUUUUAUAAUCUUCUUGGUUGCACUUAUCCUGAACUUUGUGAUUGCGUAUUUCAUAAUCCAGGUAUCUCACAAAACGAUUGAUUCUUCAAAACCAUACGAUGAGUUCCUCGAGGACGAAGAUCAGACUGUUACAAUGGACCUCAUUGGUGCCUUACAUGACUAUAGACUUUAUGGUCUUAUGAUAGGUACCUUUAUCAUUAUUGGUACAUCUACAACCUUCUUGAAGAACAUCAGAAUCAUAAAGACUGCGAAUCAUGCGAUGGCUCCUGCUUCAACUUACUCUAGCCUGUACCUCCUUUGUCAAUCUUUGGGAGCACUGAUCUGUGGACUUGUAGGCUCAUAUUCAAAUCAAUUCUUAUGAGGAACAAUCGGAGCUAUUUUGGCAAUCACAGGAUACUUCAGUAUUAUCUUCUUAAGCUGGUUCUAUGUAGAAACUAUCCUUAUAGGCUUAUCUAGCGGAAUCUGGUGGGUGUUAGCACCCCUGAUUGUAUAUCGCUUCUUUGGUCCAAAACCAUUCGCUGGUGUCUGGGGAUCUGUCCUUACCAUCAACUUCUGGGGAAUGCUCUUACUAGGACUAGUAUUCACUGUAUUCUGGGAGCAACACCACAAACCUCUCCCAUGGAGCCUCGGCAUUUUCUCAGGAGCCUGCUUUUUAGCGAUCAUCGCUCUCGGUCUAAUCCUCAAUAAAAAUUCAGGUUAA